AUGAGUUCAUUGUAUUAUGCGAAUGCUUUAUUUUCUAAAUAUCAGGCCGCAAAUUCGGUUUUCCCCUCCGGAGUGUUUCCUGAGCAAACUUCUUGCGCAUUUGCUUCCAAUGCCCAGCGCACCGGCUAUGGCUCCAGUUCCACGGCCUCUUUCGCUGCUCCCAUGCCUGGUUUGUACCCCAACGGGGGAGGCAUGCACCCCCAAGCCCCCGGCAUGUACUCCAGCAGCUACGGUCUGGAAGCCAGCUCCUUCAACAUGCACUGUUCCCCGUUCGAGCAAAACCUCUCCAUGAUGUGUCCGGGAGACGCGUCCAAGCCCAACUGCAACAAAAGCGACCAGAGGGACGCAGACUUGAGGCACGAAAACAACUUGCGGAUAUACCCGUGGAUGAGAAGCACAGGGACUGACAGAAAGAGAGGUCGCCAAACCUACACCAGGUAUCAGACGCUGGAACUGGAGAAAGAAUUCCAUUACAACCGUUACUUGACCAGGCGGCGACGUAUUGAGAUAGCCCAUGCUUUAUGUCUUACAGAAAGACAGAUCAAAAUCUGGUUCCAGAACAGGCGCAUGAAAUGGAAAAAAGAAAACAAACCCACGGGCCCUGGUUCAAACAGCCAGGAAAAACCAGAGGCUGAGGAAGAUGAAGAAGAGUGA